AUGUUUUCCCUGUCGGAGCUGGCGCCUCUGAACCAGCAUCAGAAUCGGUGUAAACUGUUGAAGCCCUGGUGGGAGGUCUUCAUGGACUACCUGGUGGUCCUGAUGCUGAUGGCAUCUGUCCUGGCUUGCACUGAGCAGCUGUCCAGGGAUAGAGUGGUGUGCAUUCCCUUGGAUCCAGUUAUCACUGCGAACACCAGGAAUCACAGUCCCUCAACUAGCAGGGAAGCAUCGACUCCAUCUUCAAAGCCCCCAACUCAUGUUCCACGCAACGUCAGCAAAUAUCUUCACUCUACAGGCCGGGGUCGACGCACACAUCUGGCCUACCAGCAGUACGUUUACAUUAGCCAGGUGUGCUACCAUGAGGCUUUGCCUUUUUGCUCCCGCUUCUUCCCGUACAUGGCCAUGUUGCAGUCUCUAUUGCUGGUAGCCAGCGGCUCCUUCUGGCUCCACUUCCCCCACACCUCCGCCCGCAUAGAGCACUUCCUGGCCAUCCUGGCAAAGUGCUGCGAGUCACCCUGGACAUCGCAGGCCCUGUCUCAUGCCGCCCGGCAGGAGAUCGUCCAGGAGAAGGAGGUGGUGACGGUGGUGGAGGAGAGACGACCACCUCAGCCUCCUCUCUCUUAUGUUUCAUCUUCACCCGCAGUAACCCGCACAAGACGAACAAGCAUGGACUCGGGCAUGGACAGCCCGCUUUUGAAGAGGUCGGAUAGUGUGUCCUUUGCCACCCCUCCCUCCCCGUGCCCCUCAACACUCUCAUGCAACUCUGCCAUGUCAUCUAUAUCCCUCGGGUCCCAGGUGCACUUUCCUUCCUCCAAGCACGUCAUGGUUGACAGCCCCCGGCAAGUCAUGAGUCUGGAUAAAAGUGAUGGGGAACAGGCCAGGGCGCUGUUUGAAAGGGUGAGGAAAUUUCGCUCGCACUGCGAAAGCUCAGAUGUCAUCUAUAAGGUCUAUUUGGCUCAGACCAUAUUCAAAUUGCUGAUGGUGACUCUGAUCUUGAGUUACUCCAUCCCUCUUCUCAGCUCCCUCUCAUUCACCCACACCUGUCACCCUGAGGAGCAGGCCUUGGUGGGCUACGCUACCUUUGAGUGUAUCCAUGUUCUCUCCUCCCUUCUACGCAAACUGCUGGUGGCUUACCUGACCCUCCUGGGGCUGUACGGCCUGUUGAACUUUUACACCUUCGGUUGGAUUUUACACAGCUCACUACGGCAGUAUUCCUUCCACUCACUGAAGGAGUUUUGCCCCUUGAGAGAUGUUCCUGACCUGAGAAAUGACCUGGCUUUCCUUUUACACAUGUUGGACCAGUAUGACCCUCUGCUGGCCCAGCGUCUGUCUGUUUUUUUGUCACCUGUCAGUGAGAGCAGGCUACUGGAGGAAAGCUUGGAGAGGCGCUGGGGGGAGGCAAAGCUGCGUGCCAUGACUAGUGUGGACGCAGAGGGCUGCACCACACUGCAGCUGGUGGCCCUGCCUCGCCUCCCUCCGGCCCUCUACACCCUCAGCCAGCUCCAGGUCCUCAAACUGGAGCUCAUCGCAGAGGCCAGGUUUACUGCGCAGGUGGCCAACAUGACCUCACUCAGGAAGCUCCACCUCUAUCACUGCAGAGCAGCGAUGGAUCCCGGCGCACUCAGAGUCCUCCAGGAACAUCUGGAGGUCCUCCACCUCACCUUUACUCAGGCGUCAGAGAUCCCCAGCUGGGUCUACUCACUCAGAAGCCUGCACGAGCUCCACCUCUCUGGCCGCCUGAGCAGUGACAGUGGGGUGGGCCGCGGCUGGGCUUUGGGGAGCCUCCGCCAGCUGCGUCACCUCCGUGUGCUUGUGAUCCGAGGCACGAUACAGCGGAUCCCCGGGGAGCUGUGCGAGGUGGCCGGCAGCUUGGCGAGGCUGGAGAUCUACAACGAGGGCACCAGGCUGCUCAUGCUGACAGGCCUGAAGCGCAUGGUCGAUCUGACCGAGCUGCUGCUGCAGGACUGCCAGCUGGAGCGUUUGCCCUCGGCCCUGCUGGCUCUCGCCAACCUGCGGAAGCUCGACCUGCAGCAUAAUAACUUGAGGACUCUGGAGGAACUGCUUAGCCUGGCUCAACUGCGGCGUCUUUCUUGCCUCAGGCUCGGCUACAACCAUGUUCUGGCACUGCCGGCCAGCGUCGGGGUGCUGCGAGGCCUUGAGCUCCUGGAUCUAUCCAACAACCAGCUUCAGAGCCUUCCCCCAGCACUCUUCACUCUCCGCCGCCUUCGUAGGCUCCUGCUGGCUGGUAACCUGCUGGAGGUGUUGCCCGCAGAGGUAAAGGCCCUGCAGCUGCUUACAGAGCUGGACCUCAGUGGGAACAGGGUGGAGAGCCUCCCCCCUCAGCUGUUCAGUAGCUGUUUGGAGCUGCACAUCCUCAAUGUGGCUCGCAACUCUCUUAGCUCUUUACCCAGAGGGAUCGCAGCUUUAAGUGGGUUGUGCAGGUUGGACUUGCGAAGUAACAGUCUGGAGGAACUGCCUGCUGAAUUGGGCUGCUGCUCAGGGCUGCACGGAGGUGGUCUCCUAGUGGAGGAAUGGCUGUUUCUUUCUUUGCCUCCACAAGUCAGGGACUUCCUGAGCCGUUCUUGCGCCCCCUCUGGUACUCAAUCACAGGUUCAUUCAAGGCCAGAUUCGGACAGUUUCCCAUACUUCUCUCCUGCACAGUGGAGUUUCUCUUCUGCUCUGGAAUCCCAGAUAUAA